GAGAGCUGCAGAGCGGAGCUCGGGGAGAGGAGAGCAGGAGAAAGAGAGCGCUGCAGAGGAGGGAGAGAGAAAGAGCUGCCGAGCGCAGCCCGGGAGCGAGGGACCAAGAGCUGCGGAGUGAAGUCAGGGAGAGAGCGAGCGAGCAACAGCUGCGGAGCGGACUCGGGAGACAGAGAGGGAGCAAACUGCAGAGCGGAGGCCAGGAAAGAUAGGGCGAGGACUGCAGGGGAGCUCAACCCGCAAAGCGGAGCCUGGGAGAGAACGAUAGAGAGCGAGGGGCGGAGCGGAGCCUGCAGACCCGAGGAGCCCGGGAGAGAGAGAGAGAGCGUCCUGGCAGGAUGGCUGCCGCUCCUCCGAGCUACUGUUUCGUUGCCUUUCCACCAUGUGCUAAGGAUGGUCUGGUAGUGUUUGGCAAAAAUUCAGCUCGGCCCAGAGAUGAAGUUCAGGAAGUUGUGUAUAUUCCUGCUGCUGUUCAUGAAUCUGAGAGCAAAGUUGAAUGCACAUACAUUGCAAUUGACCAAGUUCAGAAGACACACGCCAUUGUGUUAAGCAAACCUGCCUGGCUUUGGGGUGCAGAAAUGGGAGCUAAUGAACAUGGGGUCUGCAUUGCUAACGAGGCCAUCGUUACCAGAGAGCCAGCUGCUGAGAGGGAGGCCUUGCUGGGGAUGGAUCUGGUCAGGCUUGGUCUAGAAAGAGGGGCAACCGCUAAGGAGGCCUUAGAUGUUAUAGUCUCCUUGUUGGAAGAGCACGGACAAGGUGGAAAUUAUUAUGAAGAUGGGAACUUCUGCCAUACUUUCCAAAGUGCAUAUUUGAUUGUAGACCGAGAAGAAGCCUGGGUGUUAGAGACGAUAGGGAAAUACUGGGCAGCAGAAAAAAUGACAGAGGGAAUCAAAUGCGUUUGCAAUCAGCUUUCUGUAACCACAAAAAUUGAUGCAGAGCAUCCUGAGCUUAGAAGUUAUGCAGAAAGUCAAGGCUGGUGGACUGGAGACAAAGAAUUCAAUUUUUCUGAAGUGUUCUCCCAAGAAGACGACCAUAUAGGAUGCUGUUCAGGUAAAGACAGCUUAGAAAAACAGGAAGGGACCAUCACUGUGCAAACAAUGAUCAAUGUCUUAAGGGACAAAGCCAGUGGGGUCUGCGUAGAUUCUGAAUCCUUCCUCACUACAGCCAGUAUUGUGUCAGUGUUGCCCCAGAAUGGUACCUCUCCAUGUAUUCACUACUUCACUGGGACACCAGAUCCCUCCAGGUCUAUAUUCAAGCCUUUCAUUUUUGUUGACGACGUGAAGCUUGUCCCCAAAACCCAGUCACCGUCCUUUGGGGAGGAUGACCCCGUGAGAAAGGAGCCUCGCUUCCUGGAGAAACCUGACCGCAGGCAUGAGCUAUAUAAGGCUCACGAGUGGGCUCGAGCCAUCAUCGAGAGUGACCAGGACCAGGGCCACAAGCUAAUGGCCACCAUGCUGGACCUUGAGAAGCAAGGACUGGAAGCCAUGGAAGAUAUUCUGACCAGCUUCGAACCCUUGGACCCUGCUGAAGUAGUGGACCUUUUCUAUGACUGUGUUGACACAGAGAUUAAGUUCUUUAAGUGAAUGAUGAUGGACAGCGUGUUAGCCUUUCACCAGAGGACUAGAAUUCUUCUCCAUGCUGCUGAAUUUGCAGGAAAAAAGCAGACUUUAAAAGUCUUCUCUUUCCUUCGGUAGCGGUUUCAAGUUAACAAAAUGGCUUUUCUUUGUCCAGUCAUGUGCUGUUAUGUGCGUAGUUCAAGGAGAGAGUCACCGACUGGUCAGUUGUUCCUCAUGUGCAUGCCUGCUGUAGUGUGGAAUGUUUCAAUCUGUUCUUGGCAACAAAAUGAUAAAGAAUAAAGGGGAAAACCUCUUUGAUCUGGUCUAGUGACAAGAUUCUGAACUUAGGGAAUCACCUGAAUGUUUUCCUUCAAGACACCCAGCUGGAGGUAAGGCUCCUGAAAGGUUUUAAAAGUUCCAGGAGGCCUUAGCUACAGUGGAGAUACUAUAGAGAGUUCAGACUAAGGGCAGUUCUGACUGUUCAAAUAGAGAGGGCCAGGGCAGGUGCAGGACAAUGGGUAGUGGCUCUUGGACACCCAGCUGCAGUUUGGCAUGAACAACAGCUGCUUCUCCAAGACAAAAGAUACCCCAGGCAUGGAAUGAUUCAGAGUCUGGUUCACAGUGCUCAGACCACUCCAGAAUGGACUACAUGCCUUGACAGUAUCAUCCUAAACUUGCAGAAAGAAUAACUUGGGCAACUCACAGGACUGGAAAGGAAAGAGGAGAAGCUACUGCCCUGUUUGGGUGGUGGUUGGGUUUUUGGGUGUUUUUUUUCCUCACCAGCUGCGUGUGAAGGUCACAAGUUAUUAAACUCAAGAGUCUCUGCACUUCAUAGAUCCCUUCUUGGAGGAAGGCAGACAAAGGCAUAUUGUAAGUGAAAUCAGUUUUUUCUGGCAGAGUAAUCCACUGUUCUGGAGAAAUGCAGCUUCCUUGCAUUUUAUGGAAAAUAGAGAGAUUCUCAGGGGGAGGACAAUAGGGUUUGAUUUGGGAAGGGCCAGUCUAUAUACUGCACUCUAAAAUGUGUUCCCCACUUCAUAUUCCACCCUUCUUAUAGGUGGAUCUGUGAGUGUUCUCCCAUUCACAUAACUACCAUCCCAGAUGCUGUUUUCCAAGUUGUUUUUAUUAGGGUUAGACCAGAGGGGCUAGCUUUUUGUUUCAGUAUGCAUUAGGAAACAAGUAGACAUGGGGAGAAGGCCAGGUAAUUUUGGUUGAAGAGAUGACGAAUGCAGGCCUUUAGAGGGAGCCUCACCUAGGACUAUGCAGAUCUGAUCACUUUUCAGCUUCUGAAACUCUCCAAAGGGGACUACAACCUUUGGGUGACUUAAGAGUAUUCAGGUGUCUUUUAAUAAUGCAUCAGGCGUGUUCACCUUUCUUCCCUGGCACCUUUCUUUUCGAGAUAACUGGCCAUAGAGGCUGCUGUAGCAUAAAUACGCUGUCUGCUCCUUCGCUGGUGGUGUUGAUCGGUUUAGUAGGUUGCUGUAUUCAAAUAUGUUCUUUUAAAAUUAGUAUAGUUUUAGAGCCCUUUAAAUCUCAAAGACAAUAGAAUGAGGCCCAAAAAAUUCUCCUUUGCCUCUUGACAUGAGACCUCUAGCAGUUCUUCUUGCUUCAAUUCUAAAAGGCGGAGUCCCUCCCCCACCACCCUCGCUCUUGGUAACAGGAGGUUCCAGCAACCUGCAGAGGGCUCUUUAUCGUUCAGAAUAGCCUGAGAAAAAGUAGCCAUCUAGAACUUCCUCAGUUUUACCAAACUUCCUUGGAUGGUUAAAUAGCAGAGGAAAAAGGCAAAGCAGUUUGGUCGUACUAAACUGAUACUGAGGACAAAAAGUAGAAGAAACCCUGCUCUGUCAACUCUUCACUGUGUGGUGUGUGAAGGAGAGAGCAAACCUAACAUGGCUAGUUAUUUUAGAAUCAUCUUCCUAUGUUCUAACAUACCAAAUGACUGGUAAAUCAGAAUUUGACAUAUUCCUAUUUAGCUGUAAUGUCCCGGUUUAAUAAUACAAAAGCAUAAAAAAGAGCUUUGAGAUUGAAGAGUGAUCACCAUGCAGACAACAACCAUCUAUUUGGCUCCACCAGCAAUGGAAUGACUCUGCCAGGGUGGGAAGAAUCAGGGAAAGAAGGCACCUGGUGGAUGCUUCUGAACUCAAGCUCUGUCUCACUUCUUACCUUGCUGUCUGAAGUGGAUAGGGAUGGUUGAAUGGUGGCGGGGGCGGGGGGAGUCAAAUAGGAUUUCACCCUGUUGCAAAAUAUUACAGGUUUCUUAAAGCAUUUCUCAUUGAUUAUAUUUGCAUAUCCAAAGCUAAAGGCAGAGAAGUAAGGGCCAUGUAAUUGCCUUAAUGACUGUUUAUUCCGGUUAGAUUUCAGGACUCCCAGAGUAGUCUGUGUUUGGAAGAAGUGGUCUUUAAGGGGUAAGGCAGUGAAGGAAAAGACACAAGCUAUCCCCAGCAAUUACUGUGAUAGAGAAGGCUGUGUUCCAGACAGGAUCUGCUUUAUUUUAAGAGGAAUCUGCUCUUGUCUAGACGAGUUGGAAUUCAGAUGGUUAUUUUUCAUUCAUGCAGGUUAUCUAGACCUGGUCCAGCCGUAUUGAAACCAAUCCAAAAGGUGUGGGUUCUUUAACUCAUAGGUAAGAUGCAGUGCCAUUAUGAGGUACUUACUAAUGAGCUUAUAGCAGAUUGCCAUUACUAAUUCUAUAUCCUAAUGAUGAAAUAAUUUCCUUUACUAAAAACUAUGUUAAAACACAGAACCCUGACUUACUAGGCAGGGUGUUCUUUGUUUUGUUUUCUAAUUGAUAUGUCAGUUCUGCAAAGGCCCAGAGGUGUGGUAAUGUACAUCUGGCUUCACAGCCAGAGAAGCAGAGGGAGAACCAAUUGUCAGUUUUACAAGCCGUUCCCUGCAGCCGCUGUUGCCCUGAAUGUCAGGCAAAUUUUCCCAGCUCUGCUUCUAGCCCAGGGAGGGUUGGAGGGACAUACUUUUUUCUAACCAAAUCCAUGCCUCAGGAGAAUCUGGUUUAGAAAUUUAUUGGGGGAGCUACUAGGUAUUUGCUUGUAAUCAUCUUGUUAAAGGAUUCAAAUGUAAUUUUGUUGAUGAGGAAAAUGCUGUUUGCCAAGAAAAAAAAGGGAAACAUUCCAUUUUGGGGAGUAGAUCAUCAUGUUCUAACAAUCUUUUGUACUAGUUCCCAUUAUAAUGAGAAUACGUCCUUUCACAUGCUCUUACCCAUGGAAUUGUCUCGAGAUCCAUCAUGCAAACAAUAAAGAGAUGCUGGAUAACCGAUCA